AAACCAAGUUCCCCGGCAACAAGCAGCAUCCACCCGGCGGGAGGCCGGAGCCAGCGAGGCCCGAAAAGCUGCGGAGUGAGCCGGACGCUCCUUGUCCAGCGCGAGUCCUACUCCUCCUCCACUAACUCGGCCGCCCGUCCCCAAGUCUCGACUCGCUUUUUAGCCUUCGCAAAGCCUAGGGAGGGGGUUAGGAGCAGCCGCGCCCCCCUCUCUGCGGCUGCCUCCUCCUGCUUUUUCGGCUUUGCUCCCUGCCGCGUGCGCCAGGGCAGUGCGCCCCGGCAGGCCCCAGCCAUGUCGAUGCUGCCAUCGUUCGGCUUCACGCAGGAGCAAGUGGCGUGCGUAUGCGAGGUUUUGCAGCAAGGCGGGAACCUGGAGCGCCUGGGCAGGUUCCUGUGGUCGCUGCCUGCCUGCGACCACCUGCACAAGAACGAAAGCGUGCUCAAGGCCAAGGCCGUGGUCGCCUUCCACCGCGGCAACUUCCGCGAGCUCUACAAGAUCUUGGAGAGCCACCAGUUCUCGCCUCACAACCACCCCAAGCUGCAACAACUGUGGCUGAAGGCGCACUACGUGGAGGCCGAGAAGUUGCGCGGCCGGCCCUUGGGCGCGGUGGGCAAAUAUCGGGUGCGCCGAAAAUUCCCGUUGCCGCGCACCAUCUGGGACGGCGAAGAGACCAGCUACUGCUUCAAGGAGAAGUCGCGGGGCGUGCUGCGGGAGUGGUACGCGCAUAACCCCUACCCCUCGCCGCGUGAGAAGCGGGAGCUGGCCGAGGCCACCGGCCUCACCACCACCCAAGUCAGCAACUGGUUUAAGAACCGGAGGCAAAGAGACCGGGCCGCCGAGGCCAAGGAAAGGGAGAACACUGAAAACAAUAACUCCUCCUCCAACAAGCAGAAUCAACUCUCUCCUCUGGAAGGGGGCAAGCCGCUCAUGUCCAGCUCAGAAGAAGAAUUCUCACCUCCCCAAAGUCCAGACCAGAACUCGGUCCUUCUGCUGCAGGGCAAUAUGAGCCACGCCAGGAGCUCAAACUAUUCUCUCCCAGGUUUAACCGCCUCUCAGCCCACCCACGGCCUGCAAGCCCACCAGCAUCAGCUCCAGGACUCUCUGCUGGGCCCCCUCACCUCCAGUCUGGUGGACUUGGGGUCCUAAGGGGGAGGGAUUGGGGCCUCGAAGCAGCGACUAGGGACACUUGUAAAUAGAAAUCAGGAACAUUUUUGCAGCUUGUUUCUGGGGUUCUUUGCGCAUAAAGGAAUGGUGGACUUUCACAAAUAUCUUUUUUAAAAUUCAAACCCAACAGCGAUCUCAAGCUCAGUGCCCUCUUCUCUCCAACUCUUUCCACUUUUGCAUUAUUUCCCCUCCCAGUGUGGAGAUCAGGGAAACGAAAAAAAAAAAACAACCCAAACAAACAAAAAUAUCCAGUCACCCAGUCUUGGUUCUGGGCAACCCGUGUUCCAGCUUCAGUAGCCUUUCUUUUUUCUUUUUCUUUUUUUUUUUUCAAUGAAUGGGAAUUACAAAAUCAACUGGAUUUUAAUUACUUCAUUUUAAUUUAUUUAUGGAAAAAUGUUUUGAGAAGAGGAAAAGGAAAUGAAAACGAGAGAGAGACAGAGAGAGAGGAGAGCAAAAUAGUGAAAAGAUCCUCCAGCCUGGGAGGAACUGGUUGCAUUCUUAAGGUGAAUAGGAAAAAUACGAUCUUAUAACUUUUUUUUGAUGGGGAAAAUUAAGUUUACAUUUUCAUAUUUAGUGUUAAACAAUUUUAUGUAGAUUAAAAUGAAAGAACAGUAUUAGGGGAAAAAACAAGUGCCUAAAUGUCUUAAUGCUCUCUAUGUGAGGCAGUUAGAAAUAGAAGUGACCAUUAGUAAUACAAAUACUUCUGUCAAAUUUAGUGGGGGUUUUUGGUUGUUGUUUGUUUUCUUGGGUUUUUUUUAUGGCAAACUUUAAAAAUGUACCAGUGUGAAAAAACACUUUCCUGAAUGCCAUUACUUCUCAUGCCCUUGAAGCUUUCUUAUCUGUAGCCUACUGUUAAGGGUUUCUCCUGUUCCUAGUUUCUAGCUUGCAAAAAUAGGUAACAAAUCUAGCAACCUGGUAUUUGUUACUAAAACAGCAUGUGUUUUCAGGUUUCUUUUCUAUUGUACCUAAACCAGUCUAAAUUAAAACUUAGUAGAACACCA